AUGUGGCCAAAUAUGACCCGUGAUAUCAUCCAGGUGCCAAUAAGACUUCUUACUGUGGGGGGUGGAGGGCUAGAUGGGGUUCAGCCCUAAUGCUCUGCCUUAAAACAUCUCUUCUUCACUGUUGCAGGUGUUACGGGAGGCGCGUGUGAGUUCCUUGCGUGAUACCAUGCGGAGUCCCUCAGCGUUUUCCAAAGAUUGCUUACCCAGAAAAGUAAGCCCAGUUCAAAGCCCCCUGUUGUCUUCAAGAAAAGACUUGAUUUAUAAACAAACAAACAAAACGGGAUAAACACAUAUACAGUGGUACCUCGGGUUACAAACGCUUUGGGUUACAAAUGCUUUGGGUUACAGACUCUGCUAACCCAGAAGUAGUACCUCGGGUUGAGAACUUUACCUCAGGAUGAGAACAGAAAUCGCACGGCGGCAGCAGGAGGCCCCAUUAGCUAAAGUGGUACCUCAGGUUAAGAACGGACCUUCAGAGCGAAUUAAGUACAUAACCAGAGGUACCACUGUAUAAACUAUACAAGCCAGUAUCUUUCUGAUUUGUUGUUAUCAUAUAACUCGUUUCCAGAGACAUUAGCUCUGAUUCCUGCAUUGCAGGGGGUUGGACUAGAUGACCAUUGGGUUCCCUUCCAACUCUGCAGUUCUACGAUUUCUAUGAAAAUUGACAGAACAGUAGUAGGCCUUGUUGCAGUGCCUGUUAUAUAUGAAAUGCAUUGAGGAAAUUAUUCUCUUUGGAGUUGCAGCAAGCAGGCAUUCCCACCAUAGUUGAUGGGAAGAAGAUGAAACCUGGCGAUUUUCUUGUGACCCUCCCCAUUUUCGGCAGAGUUUGCUGUUCUGAAAGGCUAAUAAGCAGAGGAGGCUUUUCCUUUUUAUAUUUUUCCCCCUCCCUUCCUCCACAUGCCUCUCAAAAAAGUAGUUUUAUCAGGGCUUUGGAACUCAGUUCUGGCACCUCUCAGGUGGGCACUGUUGCCCUUCUAAGAGAAGGAGGGAUGUUUUUGUGGCGAGUUCCAACACCUCUUUUUCUAGAAAAAAAAGUGCUGUUUUUUAUCAGUCUCCUGCAAUUUCUCCUCCUCUUCUCCUUUCCUACAAAACACUCCUUUUUUUUCAUCCCUCCUUCCUGGUCCAUUCCCUUCUUCCUCUGGUAACUGCCGUCAUCUCUUAGCCUCCUCCUCUCUAUUCCCCAUUUGAUGUUGUUCUAUAAUAUCUCCCUUUCCCCUCACUUUCUAGCUUCCAGCCCAGCUGAAGACGGGACUUAAGCGGUUUCAUCCGGAGGAGGCCCCAGGGGAAGACGAAGACAAAGAAGAGGAGCAAGACAGCAGCUCAGAAGCUGCGGAGAGCGACGGUCUUGCUCGCUGGUCCCCGGGGUUGGGCCGAGGCCUGAUGCCUCCCACAAAAUCAAUCAAACUCCUUCCGGGACAAGGCCCCUUUGCGCAAGAGGAAAGCCACCAACAGAUUCUGGGGGGUGAUGACAUGGAGUGGGACUGGGAGACGUUUCUAAGUAGCCGCCAAGAAAGGCCGCAGAAUGGUUAUGAGGGGGGAAAGGAAGCCGACAGAGGGACAAAAACGGGAGAAGGGGUGGUGUCCGGCAUCCAAACCCAUGGAAUUUUUUCCCUGGGGGAGGUGACGGUUUGCCGCAGCAGGGCUGUACAGAAAGAGUCCCUGCCCUUAUCGCAGUCCAAAUCUGAGGAAGAGGAAGGGGACCAGGCCGGAUUUUGGUGCAGACCAUCUUGGCGUCAGUCCCGGGUCCCGGCCUUUUGGCGGUUUCCACCCUGGGGCCAGAGAGCUGGGGCGGUGCUGGACUUAUCACAGCACAAUCCCCAGAGAGCCGCAGGGGCCCUGGACUUAACACAACGCAGAUUGGGGGGCCAGGUGGCCCUGGGUUCAUUGCAGCGCAAAUCCGAGGGCCAGAUAAGUGAGAGGGCCAUGGGCAUAUCGCGGCCCAGACCCCAGGACCCAAUAGCUGUAGAAGCUCCUGCCUUUCCAGAGUACAGAGCCCAGGGCCAACUCCUUGGAGGUCCUCUUGACUUAUCAAGGCCCAGACCCCAGGACCCAAUAGCUGUAGAAGCUCCUGCCUUUUCAGAGUACAGAGCCCAGGACCAACUCCUUGGAGGUCCUCUUGACCUAUCAAGGCCCAGACCCCAGGACCCAAUAGCUGUAGAAGCUCCUGCCUUUCCAGAGUACAGACCCCAGGGCCAACUACUUGAAGGUCCUCUUGACUUAUCACGGCCCAGACCCCAGGACUCAAUAG